UCUCUCUGCUUGUAGUUGAGCUUUCAAAUCGAAAAUUUGUAGAUCUAAAUCCUUGGUUUCGUAUAUAUGAAAUGAAUUGAGGUUUUGAUCACUGUAAUUCUCGCCCAUUCUCCGAGGGUGUUGAGGUUUUGAGUGCACUGAGAUCAGUAAUAGAAGAGGUCUGCGAAGUGGAAGAGGAAAGAGGGCGAUCAGCUGGCAUUGAGAGAUCAGUAAUCAGUAAUGGAAGGUCUGCAAGGUGGAGGAGGAGGAGGAUCAGAGAGAGAAAAGCCAAGCACAUCAUCGACCUCUGCCCCUGUAUCUGCUGUUGCUACUUUCUGGAAAGAUUUUGAUUUAGAGAAAGAAAGGACCAUCUUGGAUGAACAGGGGCUUAGAAUUGCAGAGAACCAGGAAAACAGUCAGAAGAACCGUAGGAAGCUUGCAGAGAGCACUAGAGACUUCAAGAAGACAUCAAAUGAAGAGAAGUUGGCAUUGUUCAAUUCCUUACUUAAGGGUUAUCAAGAAGAGGUUGAUAAACUUACCAAGAGAGCUAAAUUCGGGGAAAAUGCUUUCCUUAACAUUUACCAUAAACUUUAUGAAGCACCAGAUCCUUACCCAGUUCUGAAUUCAGUUGCAGAGAAGGAUGCCAAAUUGUUUGACCUGGAGUCUGAAAACAGAAAGAUGAAGGUUGAGCUUGAGGAAUUCCGCACUGAAUCAACUCACCUGAAAAACCAACAAGCAACAAUAAGAAGACUAGAAGAGCGCACCCGUCAGUUAGAACAGCAGGUCACUACAUAUUUCUGUGUUUAGCAUUUUGUAGGCUCUUGGUGUUAGCAAUGGUACUUGCAGGUUUUAUAGGCUCUUGGUGUAAAUAAUACUAUUUUAUAAAAUGCUAUUUCUCGUCA